AGAGGGCAGGCUGAGUCAGUCAGGAGAGCUGGGCCCCCACCCUGUGUGAACCCCACUGAUACAUGAUGGCAGGCGGCUUGGAGGGGGUAGGUGACCUGGCGUGGAGAGCCAGAGGGUAGGUCCUCAAACAAGUGGCAACAGGCCACCAAGUUGAAAGGGAAAAUUGUGCUGUGAUGGGGAAGGUGUCCAACAAACCUACCAGGUGAUUAAUUACAAAGGCUGGGCUGGAGCGUCAGGGGCCGCUCGUUAAACACCUCAUUAAGUGGCACCCUGAAAGAUGCCACCUGUGCAUUCUGGGAACUCAGCGGGAACGCUGGGGGGCAGUGAUGACCAGGGGAUAGCGCCAUCUCAGGCCGACUCUGGAAGAAGUCUGGAUCUCACUUCUAAAUACAGCCUGGAGCUCACAAGUCAGAGGCCUCGACGAGAGAAGCCAAAGGAAGUAGGAUGCUGGGGACUUAGUAGCUGUGUGACCCUGAGCAAAUCUCAUACUUCUCUGAGCCUUAGCAUUCCCAUCUCUAAAGUGGGAGUAAUAGUCACAGUCUGGCCCAUCUCACAGAGACACGGUAGGGAUUAAAUUCAAUCGUGAAGGUGCUUGGGAAACCACAGCCCUACCUAAACGUAAUUAGCUCCUCCUGAAGCAAGGCUGGUAGCGGCCAGGCUCAGGCUUCUAGCCUGGCCCAGCCAGGCUUCUAGCCAGGCUGAAGCGGCCCGUUGGUUGAAGAACCCUCAGCCCCUGGAAGAACACCAGGAAGGAAGAUCUGAUUUGAGAAAGUGGGGCCGCUCUGUGGGCACCCAUGUAAAUCGAAGCCCUGAACAAGAGGGGGCAGCCUGGAGCCUGGAAAGGUGUCUGUGCAGGUGGGGCCGGAUUUCUCCUGCUGACUGCCUUGAUGACUCACCCCACAUCUUAGCCUUUUACCUUUAAGGAAGAGCCGGAAAGGGUGUGGGGAGAAGAGAAGAGAAGCGGGAGGCAGGUCCGGGCCCCAGCCCCGCCCUCUGUCCCUCCCCACCCUUCUCCGAGGCCAGGCCACCCAGCCAAAAGGCAGGCAGACAGCAGGAGAGGCACAGAAUCCGGCAUUGGUUUCGAGGCAGCCAGUUAGCCCGCCGCCUGUGUCUGUCGCCAGAGCCAUGGAGAGAGCCAGUCUGAUCCAGAAGGCCAAGUUGGCAGAGCAGGCCGAACGCUACGAGGACAUGGCAGCCUUCAUGAAGAGCGCCGUGGAAAAGGGUGAGGAGCUAUCCUGCGAAGAGCGAAACCUGCUCUCAGUGGCCUACAAGAAUGUGGUGGGCGGCCAGAGGGCUGCCUGGAGGGUCCUGUCCAGUAUCGAGCAGAAAGGCAACGAGGAGAGCUCGGAAGAGAAGGGCCCGGAGGUGCGAGAGUACCGGGAGAAGGUGGAGACUGAGCUCCGGGGCGUGUGUGACACAGUGCUGGGCCUGCUGGACACCCACCUCAUCAAGGAGGCCGGUGACGCCGAGAGUCGGGUCUUCUACCUGAAAAUGAAGGGUGACUACUAUCGCUACCUGGCUGAGGUGGCCACUGGUGACGACAAGAAGCGCAUCAUUGACUCGGCCCGGUCCGCCUACCAGGAGGCCAUGGACAUCAGCAAGAAGGAGAUGCCGCCCACCAACCCCAUCCGCCUGGGCCUGGCGCUGAACUUUUCAGUCUUCCACUACGAGAUCGCCAACAGCCCCGAGGAGGCCAUCUCGCUGGCCAAGACCACCUUCGACGAGGCCAUGGCUGACCUGCACACCCUCAGCGAGGACUCCUACAAAGACAGCACCCUCAUCAUGCAGCUGCUGCGAGACAACCUGACGCUGUGGACGGCCGACAACGCCGGGGAGGAGGGGGGCGAGGCUCCCGAGGAACCCCAGAGCUGAGCCGCGCCCGCCCCCUUCCUGCCGCGCCCCUGCCCUCUCCAGCGCCCCCGCCCGUGGCAGAGAGGACUAGUACGGGGUGGGAGGCCCGACUCUUCUCCCCGGAUGCUCUGCUCCCCGGCUCACAAGAGCUCCGAGAGAGGGACCAGCAGAGCGGAGGCCAGCUGGAGCCAGGGGGACCCCUCUUCCUGCGGCCGUCGAUGCUCCUCACCAGCGGUCAGCCCACCCACCCCUGCUCUCUGCGCCCCUCCUCCACCCCUCCCACCGCCAACCGGGCCACCUCUUCCCCCACCCCCGCCUCUCUCCCGCCCCCUGUUGCCUCUGAAUCUUAGGAAUUGAGGAGUGUCCCACCCUUGUGGCUGAGAGCUGGACUGUGUGGAGAUGAGUGUGUGUGUGUGUGUGUGUGUGUGUGCGCGUGUGUGUGUGUGUGAGAGAGAGAGAGAAAGAGAGAGAGAGCGAGAGAGAGCGCAAGACCCAGGAUGAGCGGGAAAGUGUGUCUGCUGGGUGUGACCAUGUUUCAAUAAAGUUCCCCUGUGACACUC